GCAGCGCCGAGCGCCGGGGGCGGCCCGGGGCGGCGCGGCGGGGCGGGACACGGCGGAACCGGGAGCGGGGAGCGGGCAGCGGCCAUGGGGAAGCUGCUAGCGGUGGCUCUCGUCGGGAUAGCGGCGGCCUUGGUGGCGGAGCGGCUGAUGGCCUUUCGGAACAGACUCAAUGCUUCACGGGAAAUAGCCCCAGUAACCCUCCCGAACUGCCGGCUCAUUAAAGGCAUCGAAACCGGUUCAGAAGACAUCGACAUACUUCCCAAUGGACUGGCUUUCAUCAGCUCUGGCUUAAAAUAUCCAGGACUAAAGAGCCUUGCACUGGACAAGCCAGGUGAAAUAUUUUUGAUGGAUUUGAAUGAAGACAAUCCCAGAGCAGUGGAACUGAGAAUCAGCCGAGGGUUUGAUCUGGCGUCGUUUAACCCUCAUGGAAUCAGCACCUACGUAGACAGAGAUGACACCGUGUACCUCUUCGUUGUGAAUCAUCCCCAUCACAAGAGCACAGUAGAAUUGUUUAAAUUUGUAGAAGAUGACAAUUCUCUUGUACACCUGAAAACCAUUCGACAUGACCUUCUGACCAGUGUGAAUGACAUAGUAGCAAUGGGACCAGACAGCUUCUAUGCUACCAAUGACCACUACUUCUUUGACUUCAUCUUGAUGUUCUUGGAGAUGUUCUUGGGUUUAACUUGGUCAAAUGUUGUUUACUACAGUCCAAAAGAAGUUAAAGAAGUAGCAGCUGGGUUUUAUUCAGCCAAUGGAAUUAACAUUUCACCUGACAGAAAGUACAUCUAUGUUGCAGAUGUAUUUGAUCAUAAUGUCCAUGUUAUGGAAAAACAUGCUAAUUGGAAUUUAACCCAUGUGAAGACGCUGCAGCUGGACACUCUGGUUGACAACUUGUCUAUUGACCCUCACACUGGAGACAUCUGGACAGGAUGCCAUCCCAACGGGAUGAAGCUGUUCUACAACGAUCCUGAAAAUCCGCCUGCCUCUGAGGUCCUGCGCAUCCAGAACAUCCUCUCGGAGGAGCCGGUGGUGACACGCGUUUACGCCGACAAUGGCUCCGUGCUGCAGGGAACCUCGGUGGCAUCCGUCUACGAGGGAAAACUGCUCAUCGGCACAGUCUACCACAGAGCUCUCUACUGCGAGCUAUAGCUCAUCUCGUGGGUAAGAUCUGCUGCCAUGGAAAGGAUUUAAUUCCUUGGGAACUCACUUAGUUUCCGCUAGAUUUGCUAACGACAAGACUGUUACAAUAAAGGUGAACUAGAGUCAUGGAAAUGUAUUGUAGCGUUCCUCUCCAAAUUGAGAGUUUUAUGCAAUAGUAAAGGAAAUGGAAUUGAAGAUGAGAAAUUAGUUUAUUUGUGUAAUGUGGAGGGCCCCACAUCAGUAAGAAAGGGUAACCUUCAAGUUCAGAUUACAAAUGACUAAGCUGUCAGACAUUGAAUUAUCUGUUGCAACUGGAUUUCUGUUUGGGUUUUAUUGUUUCUUUUUUCCCCCAGAGAAAAAUGAUUUUGUAAAGGAGAAUUGCUAACUGCCA